AUGCAGCACACAGAACACGCUUGCGACAUAUCUGAAGAAGAACAGGACAUAUCAUUCCUUCCUGGCAGAAGACCGCUUCAAAUACUAUACGAUUGCAUGCGUAUGUCUUUAUUGGCAUCUCGCAAGAACCCAGCAGCGCAUAAAUAUCUGCGAAGCAGUGCUUCCAUAGUUCACGAGAAGCGUCGUCAUUGGCGAAGUUAUGGACACGUGAUUCACCCCUUCAGUCUAUUCAGAAAUUGCUGGGAUUUCUUGAUGAUUUUUGUGAUAACUUGUGUAUUGUUGCUCGUUCCCUAUCUGGCCGCAUUUGAAAUGGAAAAUAAGUCACGGAUGUGGAACAUUAGCAAGAAUUUCCUAUUGUUGAUCUGCUGCGGAGACAUAUUUAUCAAUUUAUUAACUGGAUAUUUCGACAAAGAAUUACACGCGGUGGUGUUAGAACCAAGAAAUAUAAUCAACCACUACAUGAAGUCCAGUACUUUUCUCCUAGACCUAUGUGGUUCCUUCCCCACGGAUCUAUUUUUCGCGACCAAAUUCGUCGAGUUGACAGUGAUGCGGAAAACGGUAUCCCUCAUGUGCCUCUUCCGCGUGUUCUCCCUUAACAUCUAUUUUAACAAAUUAGCCUUCGCUUACGACAUCCCAUUAGCCUUGAAAGAGUUUUAUCUAAUACUAGUAUGUAUGAUAAUAUUAUUACAUUGGCAAACUUGCCUUCACUGGCUGGUGCCUAUAGUAACGACAUCCUGGAAAUUACCUCAGCGUCCCGGUAACAAUUCUUGGAUACACAGCCAUGAUCUAUGGGAACGGUCCAAGUCGAAACAGUAUUUGUACAGUACCCUUAGGGCUAUAUCGACUUUCAUGAGGUCCAACUUAUUGGACACGGAUCAACGGGACGUGGGUGACAUAUAUCUGAUCAUUGUAUUGCAACUAUUCGGAAUUAUCGCGCCCUGGUUCCUCCUUACGCGUAUGAUGCAAUUCUUCAAGGGUGUCAACAGUUCUCGACUCAGAUACCAGGGUACGGUGGCUCAACUGAGACAAUACAUGAGACACAAGCAAUUACCGUAUCCUACUCAGAAGAGAAUCAUCCAGUACUACGAAUUUCGUUUUCAACACAAAUUCUUCAGAGAAUCUGAAAUCAUUCAUACUUUGUCGUCGCAAAUGCGUCACGAGAUCAGUAUGCAUUCGUGUCGCAAAUUGGUCGAAAACGUGACGUUCUUCAACAAUUUGCCACUGUCGCUGUUAGGACGAAUCGUUGCGCUGUUGAAAUCCGAAAUUUUUUUAACGAACGACGUAAUCGUUCGGGCGAAUCAGCCGGGUGACUGUAUGUAUUUCAUCGCUACCGGCACGGUGGCUAUUUACACGAAUUCGGGAAAGGAGGUAUGCCAUUUAGAAGACGGAGCACACUUUGGGGAGGUCGCACUCGUUAUGCCGAACGAGUUGAGAGUAGCCAGUGUCGUUGCCGUCGAGGUAUGCGAGUUGUAUCGUCUGAAUCGAGCCGACUUCGCGCGAACGAUACACCCGUAUCCGAUGUUGUGGGAAAGAAUCAAAAAGAUAGCGAUUGAAAGACACGAGAAGACGAUGAUACUCAACGAGCAGUGA